CCUCUGAAAGCCGACAUCGCAUGUGUCUUGACCGUUCGUGGAAGUUAAGAGAGAGAAACAAAAAACCAAAGUCUUUCCCUUUGUUUUAUAAUACAGCUCAAGAGAGAGAAAGCACACAACUUCUAGAGAGAGAAAGACUCUCAGUUUUACCUUCACAGUCUCGGCUGGUGCUUGAUUGUUCAGAGAGUUUUUGUUUGCCACUGAUGUUCGCAAGUCAAGAUUGUGGUACAUAUCAUAAGAACAGAUCAAAUGCCAUCAUUAAAAAUGAAGACCAAACUAAACAUGGAUUCUUCAGGAGAAAAAAGUUGUCUGAGUGUGUGCCAAAAGUCUAGUAUGAUAUCCAAAAAAUCAGGUUCUCAUGUUGCUGUUUCUCGUCAAACAGCAGAAUGUGAUGCUUAUAUUCAGAAAUGUCAGAAUAGCUAUGUUCAAUCAAGGAUAGAUAUAUACACCCCAGAUAUUGAGUUGGAUGAAGCCAUUGACCGGCAAGAAUUUUUGGAUGAAACAAAUUCUCAGUUUCAGAAGCAUUCAACAACUUUUGCAGAUUCAGGCACCAUGGGAAGAAUGGAAUCAGCCCUUAAUUGUACAUCGAACUUGGAAACCAUUUUUUCUCCUGCUUUGGAGCCUGUUGAAAUUCAUAAUGUGCCAAAUAAAGAUGAUGAUGCAGUAGGCAGCAACAAAGAUCUGAAUGUGCCAAGUGUGGGUGCUGACGACAGUGAUGAUAACAGAAGCUCAUGCGACAAUCAAACGUGCAAUGUCUCAGAUUUCUUUAUUUCUGACAUGAUUAUUGCUGGCUUACCAUUUGAUGGUAACAGAGUUGAUGAUGAUAUUCUUGAGACUAAUCCUUUUCCUGAUUAUAAAUGUGCUGAGCCUAGUAUCUUGUUUGACGUGGCUGAGGAAUGUGUGAUGCUACCUUUUCUUGAAGACACUGCCAAAGUCAGCGAUUCCACUGAUACAAUAUCUUGUGAAGAACGCACAAUAGAUCAAGAUAAUGCUAGCUUGUACCUAGCAAUUAAUCAGAUACGAUCAUGCAACCAAGAAUCUGAUCUUAACACUGACUCAGAUCAAAUAGAAGACUUUGAUCCGCAGUUCUUUAUAAAAAAUUUGCCUGAACUAUCUGAUGUGGAGUCAAAUUUUCGCCCUACUUUAUCUACAAAGGAGUCUUGGAGAAAGAAGUCUACAACCCUGGUUCUUGAUUUGGAUGAAACUCUCGUCCACUCUACAUUGGAACCUUGUGAUGAUGCUGACUUCACCUUUACUGUGUUUUUCAACAUGAAUGAGCACACUGUAUAUGUAAAACAGAGGCCUUUCCUCCACACAUUCUUGGAGAGAGUCGCAGAGAUGUUUGAAGUUGUUAUCUUUACAGCUAGCCAAAGCAUUUAUGCAGCACAGCUUUUGGACAUACUGGAUCCAGAUAAAAAGCUUAUAUCUCAGCGGGUUUACCGAGAGUCUUGCAUUUUCACAGAUGGAAGUUACACAAAAGAUUUGACAGUUUUAGGUGUUGAUCUUGCAAAAGUUGCCAUUAUUGAUAAUUCCCCACAGGUUUUCAGGUUGCAAGUAAAUAAUGGAAUUCCUAUUAAGAGUUGGUUUAGUGAUCCAUCAGAUUGUGCACUAAUUUCAUUACUUCCAUUCUUAGAGACCCUGGUUGAUGCUGAUGAUGUCCGCCCUAUCAUUGCAAACAGAUUUGGUAACAAGGAAUAAGAGUCCUUCUUUCCUUAUUACUUGAAUAUAGCUCCUCGUCUCUCCAAUUUAUUUUUUUAAAGCAAAUUUGUCUCUAAUUUAGAUGGUCUAUCCUCUUUUUCUCUUAGGGUUUUUGGUAUAAAUUAGCUAUACAAUAAACUAGCUGUCUUAUUGUUGAGUCAACUCAUGAUGUUUGUUCCCUCACUCCUCAUUUUAGAUGACAACUUCCUGGGAGAUCUUUCUAAUUUUUCGAGAAGGUAGUUGUAGAGAAUGUUCCAUCUUAUUGUACAGUUGAAGUUGCAAUGGAAUUCAUAAGGGGGUGUAUAUGAAUUAUUAUCUUGUAAAAUAUAGUGUGCAAGCUCUUUUAGUCA